AGAUGUGUUUUCAUCCCUCUCUGAACUUUGAAUCUCCAGAUUUGAGAGAGAGCUGAAGAAGCUCAUUAAUGCGAACCGACUUCUGUGAUUGGUCCAUCAUAGAUAUCUCCAUCAUCGUUCUCUGUGGAUUAUUUGCUCCAGCCAAAUCUGGAAUCUUUCUUAGUAAAGAAAACGGGAAUUCUCUUUAGAGUUUCCUCUAAUACUUAUACGCGCGCGUCAACGCUAUGCCAAAGCAUAGACGAGCAAACUCUACAAGUUUACUUGUGAAUGAUAUGGAAGUUCAGAAAAUGGAGAGAUUCAAGCUAACUCUAAAGAUGUUCUUGCUUUUGAUGGCGUUUUCGCUUGUUUUGACUUCAAAUCCAGCUUCGGCUCACAGAAUUGCAGCCAAAGAUGUACUCGGCGUACAGCCGCUUUCGCAAAUCGCAAUCGAGAACACUGUUCUUGCGCUGCGUGAUUCUGCUUCCGUUAAGGCUCACCCGUUUGUUCUUGGCCUGGAGGGUCAGAAUUCGGAAUGGGUCACUGUGGAUCUUGAGUAUCCAGAACCAUCUGAGAAUGAUUGGAUUGGAGUGUUUUCCCCUGCAAAUUUCAACUCAUCGACUUGUUACCCAGCAAAUGAUCCCAAACAACAACUUCCAUAUAUAUGCUCUGCCCCUAUAAAGUACAAAUAUGUCAAUUUCUCCAAUCCUGGUUAUAUGAAGGCAGGCAAAGCUUCAGUAAAAUUCCAGUUGAUAAAUCAGCGGGCAGAUUUUUCCUUUGCAUUAUUUAUAGGCGGUUUGUCAAAUCCAAAGUUAGUGGCAGUUUCAAAUUCUGUUACAUUUGCAAAUCCUAAAGCACCUCUUUAUCCACGCCUUGCCCAGGGGAAGUCCUGGAAUGAAAUGACAGUAACCUGGACAAGUGGAUAUAACAUAGAUGAAGCUAUCCCUUUUGUGAAGUGGGGUCUAAAGGGGUAUCAUCAGAGGCACUCACCAGCUGGCACAUUGACAUUUGGCAGAAACAGCAUGUGUGGCUCACCUGCACGGACAGUUGGCUGGCGUGACCCUGGUUUCAUACACACCAGUUUUCUAAAGGAUCUUUGGCCAAACUCCUUGUACACUUAUAAGUUAGGUCAUCUAUUGCCCAACGGUUCAUAUGUAUGGAGCAAGAUGUAUUCAUUCAAAUCAUCCCCAUAUCCAGGCCAGGACUCAUUGCAGCGUGUCAUAAUUUUUGGUGACAUGGGAAAGGCAGAGCGCGACGGUUCAAAUGAGUAUAGCAAUUAUCAACCAGGGUCGCUUAAUACUACAGACCAACUCAUCAACGACCUAAAGAACAUUGAUAUAGUUUUCCAUAUAGGAGAUAUAACAUACGCAAAUGGAUACAUCUCACAGUGGGACCAAUUCACAGCACAGGUGGAGCCCAUUGCAUCAACUGUACCAUAUAUGAUUGCUAGUGGGAAUCAUGAGCGUGAUUGGCCUGGCACAGGAUCAUUUUAUGACACUACAGAUUCAGGUGGGGAAUGUGGUGUGCUAGCUGAGACCAUGUUCUAUGUUCCAGCAGAGAACAGAGCUAAGUUCUGGUACUCAACCGAUUACGGAAUGUUUCACUUCUGCAUAGCAGAUUCAGAACAUGACUGGAGGGAGGGUUCUGAACAGUACAGGUUCAUUGAGCAUUGCCUUGCCUCAGCAGACAGGCAAAAACAGCCAUGGCUGAUCUUUGCCGCUCACCGGGUUCUUGGGUAUUCUUCUAACAAAUGGUAUGGCUUGGAGGGCUCAUUUGAAGAGCCCAUGGGAAGGGAAAGCUUGCAGAGGCUUUGGCAGAAGUACAAGGUGGACAUUGCCUUUUACGGUCACGUCCAUAAUUACGAAAGAUCUUGCCCUAUUUACCAGAACCGAUGCGUGAACGAAGAAAGAUCCCACUUCUCCGGCACCGUGAACGGGACCAUUCACGUCGUCGUCGGCGGAGGAGGAAGCCAGCUGUCGGAGUUCAGCCAGGUUAACACCAGCUGGAGCCUCUACAGAGACUACGACUUCGGGUUUGUGAAAUUGACAGCAUUCAACCACUCGUCUCUUCUGUUUGAGUACAAGAAAAGCAGCGAUGGCAAGGUUUAUGAUUCCUUCACCAUCUCAAGAGACUACAGAGAUGUCCUCGCCUGCGUGCAUGAUGGCUGUGAAGCAACCACUUUGGCAUCAUGAACUCAUAUAUGUACGUUUCUCAGAGGAAGCCCUCUCUGUUGUCUUUCUUUACAAAAAUAGCUUCCUGUAGUUGCUGUUUUGUUGUAACCUAUAGCUGCAAAAUAAAAGUUACCGUGAAAUAAUAAUAAUAACAAUAAAGAAAAAAAAUCCUUGCAGCACAUGUAUUUUUUUUUAUUUUUAAUUUCUAUUAAAAUAGUUUCAUCUUUGUCCCAAGUGGCAAUCCAAUGAAAGUGAACGAGAUCUUGAAUUCAA